AUGUCCCGCGCCUCGAAAAUGACCAUGGUCGGUUCCGGCCUCUUCGCCGCUGCCACCAUUGUCUUUGUCCACUUCCAACAAAAGGCGGAGAAAGAAGCGAUGCAUCAAGGCGUAGUACGAGAUAUCGAGCAACAACGUAUCAAAGCUGAGCGUCAGCUGGAUUUCGACAUGCAGCGCGCUCUUGAAGCAGAGUAUAAACGAGACCAAAAUGUCCGAAGUUCAUUAGAGCCAAACGACAGCAGUGCACAAACACCGUCAAGAUAG